AUGUCGAACCCAUCCGUCCUCAAUCGGCUCCUCACCCGCCUCGACCACACUCUCCUCGAGCCCGAACCCACCAACACCGUCCUCCACCAAUCGCAAUACGAGCGCAACCGCGUCGGCGCCCUGAUCGAACACGCCCGCAGUCUCCACCUCACCCUCGAGCGCGAAGCAGCAGCCAUCCGCGUGCAGUCGCAGCGACAACAGCAGCAGGCCGAACUCCAACGGCAGCGCGAGCACAUCAAGACGCUCGCCGGCAAACUCCGGGAGAUCUCACACGCAGCCGACGACGACGACGAUGACAGCGAUGAUGAAAAUCCCACAGGAGGAGAAGAUGGCGAUACUGACGGACGGGAGGACAUCCUAGCAAACUACGCGCCCGCGCGAGCCGCGCACGCGAAUUCCGGCCUCGAAGUCCAAUCGUCGCUGAAAAGCUCCCAAGCACCACCACCACCACCGGCGCCGCCCUCGGAACUCCGCUCCCGACGGACCGACGCCUCCCCGAAUCAGACAAACGCCUCCUCCUCAUCAGCGACGAGCUCCGCGCGCGACAAGCUCUUCGCCGGCAGCGCCAGCCUCAAAGCCUCGACCACAACCGCAGAGGACACCAGCAACGUGCAGCGCACCGAGACGCUCAUGUCGCACAACCGGCACGAACAGGAGGCGCUCACGGACGGCCUGCUGGGCCUGGCGCGCGCGCUGAAGGCGUCGUCGCAGGCCUUUGGCGCGUCGCUCGAGACGGAGAAGGAAGUCCUGGCGAGGGCGGAGCGCGGGUUGGAUAAGAAUUCGCGGGAUAUGGAGAGCGCCGGAACCAAGAUGUCGACGUUGAGGAGGAUGGCUGAGGGGAAGGGCUGGUUCGGGAGGUUGAAGCUGUAUGGGUUUAUUGGAGGGUUGUGGUUGGCGUGUUUCCUGUUGGUGUUUUUGGGGCCAAAGUUGAGGUUUUGA